GUAAAAACCACGUCACCUUGUCAAACUACUCCCCUCUUUUUUCUUUUUCUUUUUUUUUUUCUUCCUUCUCUGGCUCCCCCAGUCCACAGUUGCUAUCGAGGAUAAAGUGACUUUUUUGGGAUUAUGAUGACCGGUUUUCGCCUCAGUUUGUCGCCGCUGAAGGAGCCGCUGGGCUUCGUUAAACUGGUGGAGUGGCUCACGGCCAUAUUUGCUUUCGGAACCUGUGGAGGAUUCUCCGGGAGAAACAUCGUCUCCAUUUUCUGUGGCGAUGGCACCAAUGAAACAUUCGCCACCAACUUUCAAUACCCGUUUCGAUUAAACCAGGUCCCACUCAUCGAUGGAAACACCACGAUUUGUAACCACUCUGUUGCGACGACACACAUGGCGGGAGACUACGCCUCCUCAGUGGAGUUCUUUGUGGGCGUGGCAGUUGUGUGCUUCCUGUACUGCAUGGCGGCGCUGUUGGUCUAUUUGGGCUAUAUGCACCUCUACAAGGACUCCGACUUUGGUCCUAUUUUUGACUUUCUGGUCACAGCAGCCUUGGUCUUCUUGUGGCUGGUCUGCUCGUCCGCCUGGGCUAAAGGGCUACAAAACGUCAAGGAUGCGACAAACACCGAUGGCAUCAGUACCACGCUGACACUCUGCAAACAGACCAACAUCACCUGUGAGGUCACAGACUACGCCAGCAUGCGUUCCCUGAAUAUCUCUGUGGUGUUGGGCUUCCUUAACAUGUUCAUCUGGGCGGGGAACGCCUGGUUUGUGUACAAGGAGACGCGCUGGCACUCCCAGAAAUUCUCGAACCAAGCUGGACCCGGACGGCAAACAGCUCCCGCCCCUAUAUAGCACAUUCGUCAGCUCACACACUCAUCCACAUCAGCCGUCCAUCUGUCUGCUCCCAUCUCGUGACUCAAACCCCAUUUUUCAACAGUUCCAUCUGCCUACCAGAAGGUGGCGGAAUUUCCACAGUUGACCCACAGUCGUGUGUUUGUCUUUGCUGUUUUGUGUUGCUUUGAUGGUAUACGUACUUAUUAUUUUUUGUCAGUGUUGCCAUAUCCACUCAUUAUA